AUGUGUGCCGUUCAACACCGACAGAUUCUUAACGUCACUGAAGGACGCCAUAGCAAGAUCCGACGAAUCGGGUGGAAGCCCAUCACAUUUUCCGAAGAAGAGGAAAAGGGUAUCAUCUUUCCUCACUCCGAUCCCAUGAUCAUCAGAGCCAACAUCGCCGAUUUCGAUGUAGGCCGAAUCCUUAUCGAUACAGGUAAUGUACUCUUCGUUGUUGCCUUCAAAAGCCUCGGAAUCGAGCACCAAACCCUCAAUAAGGAGAUCACUCCUCUUGUAAGUUUCUCCGAUGACUUUGUGGAACCAAUCGGAAGCGUCCAGCUCCCCCUCGCCAUCGGAGCGGCCCCCAGAAGAACAAUUGUCUAUACCCACUUCCUGGUAGUCGAUUGUCCAACAGCUUACAACGCCAUCAUUGGCAAGGCCGUGCUAACCUGGAUGAAGGCCGUACUAUCUCUACACAUGCUGCUGCUCACAUUCGUAACACACGCUGGCAUCAGCCAGGUACAAGGGGACCAGCUGAGUGCACGGACGUGCUAUAUUUCGGCAACCCGAGAUUCGACAAGGGCAACAUGA